AUGGCUCUGGUCGAGUACUCUGAUUCGGACUCCGAUUCCGAAGCACCUGUCCAACCAACUGCAGCGCCUACAGCACCCGGACCAAACUCGAAGAAGCCCUUUCAAAAGGUCGUCAACCGCGCCAACCCCGGGAAGAUUGUCGUCAACCUCCCUCAGACAAAGCGCGAAGACGUUGCGUCCGCCGAUGAUGGUCCUCCAGCGAAGCGCACCAAGACGGGCGGCGGCGGCGGCGGUAUGUUUGCCGGCUUCAGCUCACUGCUGCCAGCGCCCAAGAAUGCCGCGAAGAGACCGUCUGCGCUGAGCAGCAGCAGCAGCAGCAGCUCGUCGCGGCCUGUUUUCCAGCUCAAGACGAGCGCGGAAGCUGGCUUCAGUCGCGACAGCCCGGUUGCAGAUUCUGGCGGGGAGGGCGAGGGUUCGGGCCUUUCGCUGCCGCCACCCAAGACGGCGCCUCAACCAUCCAUUCCGGAGACGAUGAAGCCUGAAGAAGAGGUCAAGCUGGUCGGCAAGCCCAUGAUGUUUCGGCCAUUAUCAGUUGCCCGGAACAAGAAGAAGCCGGCGAAAAAGCUGCCCCAACCAGCAACAGCAACAGCAGCAGCAGUGCCUGUGCCGGCAGCUGCAGCACCAUCUGUGGAGGAGGCCGAGGACGCUGGGCCGCCGCCGCCACCGAAGAAGAUAUCCCUCUUCUCCCUCGACAGCGAACCGGAACCCGCUCCCGCUCCGAGCACGACGUCAGCGUCAGGAGCCUAUGAACCUCUCUUCCAGACCGAAGCCGCCGCGAGUGCGUACAAUCCAUACCUAGACGAGGCUGCGCCCUACGCAAACCACCCGACACCGACGACGGCGCCCACGUCCGACAAGGAAUCGCUGCACACGAUUGCAAACGACCUCAACCUCUCGGCGGCCGAGCGCCGCGAGCUCUUUGGCCGCGGCGGCCCGAGCAACGCCCAGGGCGCCGCAGCCACGAGGGUCAUCAACUUCAACACGGACCAGGAGUACCAGCACAACGAGGAUCUGCGCGCCUCGGGCCAGGAGCAGACUCACAACCCCGUGCGCUCGAUCGCGCCAGGCAAGCACAACCUCCGGCAGCUCGUCAAUGCUGUGCAGAACAACCGCGAUGCGCUGGAGGAGAGCUUCGCCAAGGGCAAGAGCAAUCGCAAGGACGCGUCGAGCCGGUACGGAUGGUAG